AUGGCGCCAAGUAAAGACGCGCUCGACGAAUCGAGCAAUAAAAUCAAGUUUUUCUGCUGUAAAACAAAGCAAACAAGUGCCAUAAUUUGUGUCCAGUGUGGGAGAGUGUACCAUAAAUCCUGUGCAUACCGGGAUUGGGCUGAAAAAAUACGUUUCUUAGAUGAAACGCGAGUUGAGUGCCUAGAACAUGACCUAACCUCAACAGAGAGCAAAAAUGAAAUUCUUUGUGAAAACAAUGGUCUCUUAAGAGAGAAAGUUGAAUUUCUUGAGGGAAAAAUAAACAAAAACAAUGAAGCAAUAAACAAAGGCCACAGCACCUCAGCUGGGGUAGAAGAGGUCCACAAACCAGCUAAGAAUUUGAACCAACAUCAGAUCCAGCUGAGUAAGAGCCCGAAACAGGAAAACACAAACAAGGCCACCAAAGAAAAUGUAAACAACAUUGUUAGAGAAGUUCAAUCACCAGCUGUAAAGGCAAACCAUGCAACUUUGGCUCUACAACCAGAAGAGCCUUUUCAGAAAGAAGCAAACAACAUAAUAGAGGAGAGCUUAGCAAGUAAUGUAGAAGAGGGCAACAACAACUGGCAACUUGUCACAAAUAGAAAACAAAGGAGACCAAAGCAGGCGAGACCUGAGCCAGUGCUUGGAGAAAACUGUACUUUUAGCUUAAGUGUAGCCACAAAAAAGGGAUAUAUCUUCAUAUCUGGACUAGGAGUGGAUGCACAACUUGAGAAGUACAUGAAGGAAAAUGCUAAUGUUUCUUAUUUUGGCAAUGCUGAAGUAUUGGAAACAGCCCUUUCUGAUCACCAUGCAAUACAGAUCUCAAUUAAUACAAGUCUAAACACCGACAAAGAAGUUGGUGCAUGGAAAAUGGGGAGAAUAUUUUCAAAAUCUAAAUUACAGGCUUUAUGUUCUGAAUUGACUGGCUGUGUGUGGGAUGAUGUGCUGGGGGAGGCGGAUGCUGAAAAAGCUUUUAAUAAGCUGGCAGGGCAAUUGGCAAGGCCACUAGCUCAUGUCAUAAACUUAUCAAUUCAACAGGGUACCUAUCCAACACUUUCACACAAAAUUGCUUUAGUUAAACCGGUCUUCAAAAAAGACAAUCCCUCUGAACCUAAAGACUACCGUCCAAUAUCACUGCUCCCCAAUAUAAACAAGGUUUUUGAAAAAAUUAUAUACACCAGGCUUGAAACUUAUCUUGAGAAACAUCAAAUACUGACAGAAUUACAGAACGGGUUUAGAAAAGGCAGAUCAACAGUUAGGGCUAUAUAUCAAGCACUGCAGAAAAUUAUUAAAUCAAUGAAUGAUCGAAAAGCUACAAUGGCAAUUUUUCUUGACCUAUCCAAGGCUUUUGACAGUGUUGACCAUUCAAUACUGCUUAAAAAACUAGAAGCCUAUGGAAUCAGAGGAGUUGCCCUUAAACUUCUAGAGUCCUAUUUGUCAAACCGUAGGCAGUGUAUAGUUGACAGAAUGAGUGAUGGUAGACAGUUCAAGUCUGGUUACAAAGAAAUAAAAAAAGGUGUGCCUCAGGGGUCCGUUCUGGGACCAUUGCUGUAUAUAAUCUACACCAAUGAUGUCACCAAUGUCUAUGAUGAUAUGGUUAUGUUUGCUGAUGACACAAGUCUUAUAUGCAGCAAAAAUACAGAUCAGGAGUGUGCAAAUCAAGUGGCCCAAACUGUUGGAUUGCUAGAAGACUGGUUUAGCAUAAAUAAUCUUCUGCUGAAUGUCAACAAAACGCAAAUAUUAAACUUUAAACAACGGCCUAGUGAAAGCUCUCUAGUGCAAAUUGGAAGGACAGAGAUAAGAACACAGCAGUCAGCUAACUUCCUUGGGGUAAUGAUGGAUGAAAGAUUGGAUUGGGGUGCCCAUGUUGAGUUGGUGGCAGCAAAUAUGUCCAGAUAUUUCUUCGCUUUGAGACUAAUAACACAGGAGAUCACAAUUACGGAGCAAAUAAAAACACUUAAAGAGGAACUUGUCAACGUUGAACUGGUCAACGUUGAUCAAAUAAGGCAGGAAAACAGAGCACUUAAAAAGGAGGUAGAGGAGUUAAAAGAUAAGCUUCAGAGGGUUGAAAAGGAUUCCAGGAGGUAUAAAAUCCUCAUUCACGGGUUAGAGGAAGGAACGGACGAAGUUUCUGACAUAAGGGGGUGUUUAGAAUUGAUAAAUCAAAACCUAGGAGUGGAGUGCCGUUUUUCGGAUUUAAAAAACGCGGCUCGAACUUAUCGCGGGAACCGAUCCUUUGACGGCGCGUAUUUUUCAGCGCUUUCCGGGUACAAAGCCAUAAAUCACGAGCACUUCUGCCGAAUUAGGGGAAUGUCGAGUGAUACAAAAUGGUAUGAGGUAUUUAAAACCGUGGGUAUGGCGAGCUAA